CCAUCGCUGUCGGCAUCGCUGGUGCCGCCAAACAAACCGCUGCAGAAGAGUUCCUCGAGUUCUUCGAAGAGUUCGACGAAAAGCCAAUUUCAGCACUUUUUGUCACAUCUGUUGAAACAAUUGCAGCGCAAAGACAUCCAACAGUUCUUCGCGUGGCCCGUCAGCGAUAUGAUAGCUCCCGGCUAUUCAUCCAUAAUCUCACAGCCCAUGGACUUGAGUACAAUGAAGAAGAAGAUCGAUCAAAAUGAAUACGAAACGCUUCAGGAGUUCAAGUCAGACGUGAAACUCAUUUCUGACAAUUGCCAGAAGUAUAACAGACCGGAGACCGUGUACUUCAAAGCGGCCACAAAGCUCUGGCACUACACCAGAAACAAACUCCUCAAUAAAGACUCGCUGACGGAUGUGAUGAGGAGUUAUCCCGGACUCAGCAGUUAUGAGUUGGGCUUUCAUUUUGAAGACCACAACACAUCCAUGUCUUUGUCAGAAACGGACGCUUUUCAUCACAAGGGAUCCGAUUUAGUGGGUUUGGCGCCAAUGGCUGUCGGAGAAACUCUACCACUGCUUGACGAACGACAGGAACUGCAAGAGGCGGAGGCCAUGGAUGAGGACGGACUCACUCCCGAACAGAUCCUCGAAGAGGCCAAAAAGGCCGCUCAAAUGGCUGCCGAUAGACUCACUCUCGAGCGGCCAAAUGGCGCCAACUUUUCUUUCUUAAGACAACGAGCGGACGGAAGCACUACUCUAUCGAUUGUCGGGAAUCAUAGCUAUGAACAUAACGUUAAUUUAGAGGCAAUGGUCGGCAAACUAGUUGAGGGAACCGCUGCAAUGCCGCCCUAUAAGGAGCCCGAAGCCAAUCGCAUUAAUCCCAUUGAAUCCAUUAACGAGAGUCCGUUUUGUUCGUAUUUACCAUUUCUGGACACUUCUAAGGCUAACAUUAACGAAGAGGACAGCGCUUUACUGCUCUCCACUUAUGGCGACGACGAGUUGGGUCUGCAAUACGCCGAAAGCAUAACACAGUUCGCACACGAAACUGAUUAUGUCCUCAAUUUGGUCGACUCUUUGCUCGAUAUCUUAACUCAAGGACAGCACCAGAAGAUUGCCCACAAAUUGCGUGAAAAGGUUACUAUCGCUGAAAACGAGGCGACAUUUAAAAAGCCAAUCACUGAGUCGAUCGAUAUCGAGACCAACGGUAACGGCGUUCAGACACAACUCAACGAAACCGGUUCACUGAUCGGACAGUUAGGAUCACUUCAAUACCAACGCCUGUCCUCUUCUACUCUUCCCAUUAAACCGUCGGCAGAAGAGGAGAAACUGGCGAAUCAGGUGUCGUCCAAAUUGGCUGAUAUUAUCGGCACAAAUGCAUUGCCUAAAGAAAUUUCUGACGUAAACUCAUUACGAAAAGCGAUGGGAAUAAGGAUUAAAACCGAAAAAUAA